UUCCUCUUCUCUUGGAGUCAUUGCAAAUGAGGCAGGACCUGGAGCAAGAGGAGCAAGACAAUAUCUCAGUCACUAAUAUCCUCCUCUCAUCUCUCGAGUCGAUCCAUUCAUUAAUUCAAGAGAGCCCUGAAGUCAUUGGACAGCAUCUCUCAUCAAUAAUAUCUCUUUUAUUACACCUGGGGCAAGCAUCUCCUUUUAUGAAGGUUAGAAUAACUGCUCUAAAGUGUCUUGGCUUGUUCCCAGUUUCGUCAAUAUCUACCCAUUUGUUGUAUACGCAUCAAAACAAAGUAAUUGAUGGAUUGGGAUCUUGUCUUGACGACAAGAAGAGACUGGUACGCAAGGAAGCAGUCUCCAGUAGAUCAGAAUGGUAUUUGUUGGGAUUUAAAGAUUCAUAAUUAUACUGUGUCUAUUUUUGGUAAUAAUGAUGUAAUUGUUAAUUAUAUUAUAGAUAUUGUUUCAUUUUUUUGGAUUUUUCUUUUAAUCUUCUCAUCCUUGCCAGCA